UGUGGAUCAGCUGAGCUCGAUCACGUGGCUCCGUGUCGAAGGUCAGUCCUGCACAAUGGAGCUGCCAGAGUAUGCAGUGAAAGGGUUGCAAUUGCUGGCCGAUCCCAGCCAUUUCUCCGACAAAACAUUCCACAUUUUAGCGGAAGCGGCUUUCGCGAGCCUCCUAAACCCGCAAACAGACGGAGCAACGUUGGAUCAUGUAGAACUGGGAAAUUUGGACUUGACUUUGGUGAAACAAUGCCAUGUAGCCAUCGCAACCUGUGUAUUGGAGGCAGGAAAACAAAACGCCGACAUAUCGACUAUAAGCACGUUACUGGAGGACUGCGGGUUUGGAGGAGAAAGAAUUGACUUAUUUUGCGCAACAUACCAGAAGAACAAAGAUAAAGUGGAAACCCUACUAGGAGGGUGAGUGUUAAUUCCAAUACGUGUGCAGAGAAUUGUUUAUGUUUCUGUUCAGCUUUCAGAACGCGGCCAUUUUAGUCCAAAAAUGCACCGUACAACACGAAUCAAAAUAACCGAACUGAAUCCUCACUUGAUGUGUGUGUUGUGUGGAGGAUACUUCAUAGAUGCAACAACCAUCAUUGAGUGUCUACAUUCAUUUUGCAAAACCUGCAUUGUCCGUUACUUGGAAACGAGCAAGUACUGUCCUAUUUGCGAUGUACAAGUACACAAAACGAGGCCCCUUCUUAACAUUAGGUCCGAUAAGACUUUACAAGAUAUUGUGUAUAAAUUAGUUCCUGGCCUUUUCAAAGAUGAAAUGAAACGUAGAAGGGACUUCUAUGCUGCUCAUCCCUCUGCUGACGCAGCAAAUGGCUCUAAUGAAGACAGGGGAGAAGUUACAGAAGAAGAAAAGAGGAUUAUAACAGAUGAUGAAAUCAUUAGUUUGUCAAUAGAAUUCUAUGAACAAAAUAAGACUGAACGAAAAGGAGCUGCAGAAAAAGAGAAAGCAAAAGAUGAGACAAAUGACAGGAGAUAUUUGCGUUGCCCAGCAGCCAUGACUGUGAUGCAUUUGAGAAAGUUCCUAAGGAGUAAAAUGGACAUCCCCCAUACCUUCCAGAUUGAUGUUAUGUAUGAAGAUGAACCAUUGAAGGAUUAUUAUACUCUUAUGGAUAUUGCUUAUAUUUACACAUGGAGGAGGAAUGGACCACUUCCUCUAAAAUAUCGAGUGAGGCCAACAUGCAAAAGAAUUAAGAUCGGACAUCAACAAGAUGGAUUAAAUAACACCAGUGGAGAUUUAGAAAGUGACUCUGGAAGUGACAAGGCUAAUAGCCCAGCUGCUGCACCAUCCACAUCAUCAUCACUGCCCAGUCCCUGUACUCCAGGGCAGUCUCCACAUCCACAUUUCCCUCAUAUAUCUACAACUAUGAAUGGCUCCUCCAACCCCAAUACCAACCAUCAAAUCCCAUUCAGCAAAAACAGGCCACGGAAAUCAUCUGUCAAUGGCUCUUCAGCAUCAUCAGGCUGACAAUAUUUAUCAUAAAGAAAGAACAACGAUACAUAAAUGAAGACCUGUUCAUACCAAGCGACAAUAUCUCGAAAUGCUUAGCAUUGUGACCAUUGUUAACAUCACUGUUUUGUAGUGAGUGGACAUCUGGUUCAGAACAAAAAACAUGUGGCUUUACUACAAAUGGUUUUGACAGUCCCUUUCUUCUGUAAAACAGCUUUCCAGUUUCCGGGGAUGCAUAUUUGCAAUGGAUCUACAUCACUGAAAUGUAUAUUGCAAAGUUUUGAGGAUAUUUACUCCCAUUGGCAUUGGAUUUAAUUAACUGCAAAGAAGACCAUAUUCUCAAAGUGGAAAAUGAAGGAAGGAAAGCUGGACAGGACAUUAUUGUAAAGAUGUAAGCGUUGGAAGAUAAUUUGUAUAGUUUAAUCGCAUUGAAGUUUACUAUAACUGUAUAUCAACAUACUUUUAAUUUUGCCGAAAAUAGGCAUUGUGAUAAUGACUGUACAGAUUAAAUAUAAAAGGAUAGUGAUUUUUCACAAAGAUACACACUGAAAAUGAAUUUUAAGAGAAAUGAAAAUUAGAAAGAUGUAUUCUUUGUAGCCAUUUCACUGUGAAAACUGACAAUAGAUGUUGACAUCUUUGGUUGUUAAAUGUUUUCCUGCAGCAUUAGUAUACGUACUACAAGAAAGUACUGAAUUGAUCAACCCAGAAUAAAAUUGUUUUAAUGAUAAAUAAUUUUAUACUUAAAGUGGGAUGGAGUAAGUGAAUUGUCUGUAGAAUAAUAAUAUUUACUAUACUUGGUGAUUCCAUUGACUAAUUUCCAAGAUCUUAAAAGACGCUUAAGUAAAUUCAAAGGUGUAGUAUGUACAUAUGGUUGCUAAACAUCCAAUAUAUUCACCAUACCCUAUAUUAGCACAUACUACCUUUGAUAAUUCAAAUAAUUAUUUCUGAAUAUUUUGCCCCUGUAUAUUACCACAAGCAAGUAAUAUGUAUUAAGAUAUAUAUAAAUGUUUUGCUUGAAAUGUUCAUUUCAUUUGUUUUCAUUUAAAUUGAACCUGCUGUCCAAAAUAGUAUUGGCAGCCUUUUAAAAUUGGACAGAGGUUCUCUUGUUCAUUGACAAUUAAGUAUACUUUAAAUUACAUUUUAAAAAUAAUAUGCCACUUGUUUGCAAUGAAUUUUUCCACUGACAUUGUCAUUGUUCAGCAUAGAGCCUGGUAUCUAUCCCACCCAUGCCAGAAAACAGUGUUGGUGAGGACUCUAAAGGUGUAAAAAUAGAUUAAGAUUUUAAUUUUUCUAAUAAUGAGAACUAAAAGAUACUUAGUGGCUGUUGGUUUUAUUAAAUGAUAGUGAUUGAAAAUCAGAAAUAGAAUUGUUUAAAAUGUUUCGAUUCUCAAAUCUUUAAAAAUUGAAUCUCCAAAACUCAACUUACUUUAUUUGAUCCACCACAGAACAAUUAACACUAGGCCUGUCAAUAAUGUUUCAGGCAAUUUAAAAGGUGGCUACCGUCACAAUAGUUAGAUGUGACUAUGUAAUGAGUAAUGUUCUGUUUUAGAAUUACCGACUGCUGGCAGGACGAAUGUCAUAGUGCAAAUCAAGCUUAAAAUUGCAUAAUUCUCUUGCAAAAAAAAAUCUCUUUUCCAUUUGUUUCUGCCAUGAUAUAUUUAAACCCAAACCACUGAGAGGUCUGUUAUAACAGUACAAACUAAUGUAUGAUGGGAAAUGAAAGCUCCAGCAACAUCUGAUUUCAUAUUAUAUUCAUGACUUUUUCGUAGGUUCAUAUUUAACGCGGCUAAGAUCACUUUCUAAUUGCCAUCUUUGACAGAAUAAACACGCGCUGAUUGGUAAACUGAAACCACAACAAGAGCAUUGAUUCAAAAGGAUAUUGUAGUUUUAAACUCUGAUGGCACAGGGUGUGAAAGAAAUCGUGGGUAAAUAAAUGCUGCCUUAAAUAUGUAAUACUGCCCAUCCGUUUAUCUAUUUAAGUCUACCUUCAGCCGAUAAAUGGUUGACCAAGAUAGCCUUCCUUUCAUCGUGGUUGGCAGUUAACUCCAACUCAGCAGACACUUGAUGAUAAUUUCUCCUCAAGGUGGUCAAAAUUUGUGUGUGGAAAGCACGUGACAGUUAUGUUGUCUGUAUUUUGGCAUUGUUGUACUUUCGCUGAUGUUAUACCUAAAUCGGCAAGUAAACAAUACGAUUCUUUUUGUCCUAAAUUGAAAAAAGCACAAUGCACCUCGUGCUUUAAUUUUCUUAAAAG